UUUUCAAAGUUCUAUUCUUAUUUCAAAAUGGAGGUUUGUCCAGUUUAUCCUGAUUCUGAAAAUAUUCCUUCUCCAAUGGUUCGAAGUGCUUCUGAUGUUAUUUUAAACUCAGAUCCAUUUAAUUCUACAAUGGAAAAUUUGAAAAACAGUUCAGAUAUUGUUCCGAAAAUGGUUGAAGAUGAGAAGGACUACACAAUUUAUUCUAAAUGCGCAGCUGAGUUUAUUGCAGUAUUACUAUUUGUUUAUAUUGGAUCAAUGCAAGCAGCAGGAGUGUUCCUCCAUGAUGGAGUACUUCAUGCAGCUUUCGCCCAUGGAGUAGCUAUUUUUGUACUUGCGGCAACUUUUGGAGGAGUCAGUGGAGCUCAUAUCAAUCCUGCAGUAACUUUUGGAAUUGCUCUUGUUGGACGUAUCAGCCCAAUUCAUGCCGUCUGCUAUGUGGUCUCUCAACUACUUGGAAGUGUCUUCGGUGCCCUCCUUGUUCGGAUUUCACUCCCUUAUAAAAUGUAUAAUGUCAUUAGCGCUGGCGCCACCCUGUGUGGAAAAGGUUACAACUGGCAAGAGGGACUAACUGCUGAAAUUGUGACAACUUAUAUUCUUGUACAAACAGUUCUUCUUUGUGCAGUGGAUACUGAUAAAAAUAGAUUGGCUCCAUUGGCUAUUGGAUUUUCGUUGAUAAUUGAAAUUCUUGCUGCUGGAGCUAUCUCUGGAGCUUCAAUGAAUCCUGCUCGUUCUUUUGGACCAAAUAUUAUGGGACAAGUGUUCUUGAAGCCUGAGCAUCUUGAUGCACAAUAUAUGUACUGGAACUAUCAUUGGAUUUAUUACAUUGGUCCGAUAAUUGGGGCAUUUAUUGCUGCAGGUGUUUACAGAAUGUUCUUCGCUCGUGACUACCGUGUCCUUGCCUAACUUGAAAGUUCUUGAACGAUUGAGAAAGAAACUAUUAUUUUAAAGAAAACAAAUUGUAUAAAAUGGGAUUCAACUGCAUUUAUUAUAUUUUAAUAACGAGAAAAGUAGUAUAAUAAUAAUUAAUUUCUCAUUUUCUACAUUUUCUCGCAGUCCAUAAUGAAGUUCAUUUAU